AGAAGAGCCCUGAGAGGAAGAGCGACAAAUGGAGCUAAUGGGAUCCACCUUGACGGCGGAGUACACCCGACCCAAAACCAGCCAAUACUUCCCAGCCAUCUCCAACAUGGUGUCCUCCUACCGGAGCAACCAGCCUGUGCUGGCCAUGAACCCCAGUGCCAACCAGCCCUGGAGGACUAACGCCUACUACCGCACAGGCAGCGCUGCCGCCAUCCCCUCCCUCUCCUCCAUCCAGAGGGAGAACCUAGGCUUCGACCUGGUCCGGGCCAAGACCAUGUUCUACCCGUCAAACCGGUCAGCCAUGACCACCCGCUACACCCCAGACGACUGGUACAAGUCCAACCAGAGCAACUACCGUGAGUCGGAGUCGUCCAGGAACAGUGCGGAGCGGCUGAGGAGGGAUACCAUCAGGUUGAUGCAGGAUAAAGAGCAGCUGACAAGGAGGACCCAGGAGACCACCAGUAAGAACAUCGGGGAACGCCUCAACGACAUCAGUUUCUGGAGGUCAGAGUUGAACCAUGAGAUAGACAACAUGGUGAGCGAGAUCAUGGCCCUCACUGAGGUGAAGAGAAGGCUGGAGAGAGCCCUGCAGGAGACCGAGGGGCCUCUGCAGGUGUCCCAAGAAUGCCUGUAUCACAGAGAGAAGAGAAUGUCCAUUGAUCUGGUUCACGACAACGUGGAGAAAGAUCUCAUAAGGGAAGUGGAGACCAUUAAGUCAUGCCAGGAGAGGAUGAGGAGACAUCUAGACAAAGCCAUCGCUCAACUAGCGUCAAACCGAGCAGCUCAGCAUGAGCUGGAGAGAGACCUCAGUGACAAGGUGACAGCCCAGAGAAUAGACAAUAGGUGUCACCAUCUCAGGAAUGCGUCAGACGGGAUCAGCUACUACAGAGGGAUCGAGAGACUGGACCCAUCGCUCUCCCUGCCCGACUCAUGGUCAAAGUUCACAGAUGACAACAUUCUUCACUCCCAGAGCGAGCGGGCGGCUUCCCACAAGCUGCGUGAUGUUAUUGAGAUCCUGCUGAACGUCACGUCCAAUGAGAUGUGGAAACAUUUCAACACGGUCAACGUGGCCUUCACCAACCGCAUGUCAGAGACCACCGACGCCAAGAACAGCCUGCAGACACACCUGGCUAAGACCCUCCAGGAAAUCUUCCAGACAGAGAUGCUGAUAGAGAGCCUGAAGAAGGCUCUGAGGGACAAGGAAUGCCCCCUGAAGGUGGCCCAGACCAGGCUGGACGAGAGGACACGCAGGCCCAACGUGGAGCUCUGCAGGGACAACCCACACCACAGACUGGUGGGAGAAGUGAGGGAGAUAGAGGACACCAUCCACAAGCUGCGUGAGAGACUGAUGGAGGCAGAGAACACCCUGCAGAAGCUGGUGAAGACCAAGGCUGCCCUGGAGCAUGACCUCUCCAUCAAGGCUAACUCCUUGUUCCUGGAUCAGGAGAAGUGCAUGGGCAUAAGGAAGAGCUUCCCCAGCACUCCACGCCUGGUGGGAUACACCUAAAGCCAUCACAUACAGUGCAUUCGGAAA